CGCGUGGCCAUCAACAAUAUUCAUAAAGGAAAGUAGAAAUUUCGGGCAUCUUUAGUGGUAGUAGCCACAUCAUUAACAUCUUAUUCCAAACUCAUGCUAUAAAUACACUGAAACUAACCCAUAUCCAACUACAACCUUUAAUCAAACUGCAUAUUUUCUUUUCUCCCAGCGAACAUAAGCACUCUCAUAUUUUCACCGUUGAACAAUUAUGGCCAUAUUUUCACGUAAAGUUAUAAUGCGUAUCAUUUUACUCGUUAUAAUAAUCAUUGGGACAGUCGACGGGCGAAAAGUUCAAAAUUGUGGUGGUUUUGGAAAUGGUCGAUCAGCAGAUGGAGGUUUCGGAAGUGCAGGUACCGGCACGGGAAGCAAUAUAGGUAGUGGUGGAGGAGCCAAAAUUGGUGAAGGAGGCAGCAUAGGUGCCGGUGCCGGAGGUGGUGUUGGUGCAAGUGGAGGUGCAAGUGGAAGCAAUAAUGUUGGCGGUGGAGGCAACAUAGGUGGUGGUGUAGGUGGAGGAGGUAGUAUAGGUGCACCUGCAGGAGGUGGUGUAGUUGUUGGUGGUGGUGCAAGUGGAGGAGGUAAUAUAGGUGGUGGUGUUGGAGGAGGUGGAAGUGUUGGUGUAGGUGGAGGAGGUAACAUAGGUGGUGAUGGGAAUGUUGGUGCAGGUGGACGAGGUAGCAUAGGUGGUGGUAUAGGAGGCGGAGGUGCAGGUGGAAGCAGUAAUGUUGGAGGAGGAGGCAACAUAGGUGGUGGUUCAGGAAGAGGUGGAAAUGUUGGUGUGGGUGGAACAGGUAGCGUAGGUGCAGGAGGUGGGGUAGGUGUUGGUGGUGGUGCAGCUGGAGAUGGAAAUGUUGGUGGAGGUGGAGGAGGAAGUGUAGGUGCGGGAGGUGGUGGAGUAAGUGGAGGAGGUAAUAUAGGCAGUGGUGUGGCUGCUGGUGGAAAUGUUGGUGCUGGUGGAAGUGGUAGCAUAGGUGGUGUUGGUGGAGGUGGAGGCAGUAAUGUUGGGGGAGGAGGCAGCAUAGGUGGUGGUGCAGGAGGUAGUGUAGGUGUUGGUGGUAGUGCAAGUGGAAGAGGUAAUGUAGGUGGUGGUAUUGGAGGUGGUGGUGCAACUGGAGGUGGAGGUGGAAGCAGUAACGUUGGGGAGGAGGUAGCAUAGGGGGUGGUGCAAGAGGAGGUGGGAAUGUUGGGGUUGGUGGAGGAGGUAAUGUAGGUGCGGGAGGUGGUGUAGGUGUUGGUGGUGGAGCAAGUGGAAAAGGUAAUGUAGGUGGUGGUGCAGCUGCAGGUGGAAAUGUUGGUGCUGGUGGAAGUGGUAGCAUAAGUGGUGGUGUUGGUGGAGUUGGAGGUGCAAGUGAAAGCGGUAAUGUUGGGGGAGGAGGUAGCAUAGGUGGUGGUGCAGGAGGAAGUGGAAAUGUUGGUAUUGGUGGAGGAGGUAGUGUAGGUGUUGGUGGUGGUGGUGGUAUUGGAGGAGGCAAUGUAGGUGGUGGUAUUGGAGGAGGUGGAAAUGUUGGUGGUGGUGGAGGUGUAGGUGGAAGCGAUAACGUUGGGGGAGGAGGUAGCAUAAGGGGUGGUGUAGGAGGAGGUGGAAAUGUUGGUGUUGGUGGAAGAGGUAGUGUAGGUGCGAGAGGUGGUGGAGAUGUUGGUGGUGGAGCAAGUGGAGGAGGUAAUAUAGGUGGUGGUGCAGCUGGAGGUGGAAAUGUUGAUGCAGGUGGAAGAGGUAGUCUAGGUAAUGAUGUCGGUGGAAGUGCAGGAGGUAAUGCAGGUGGUGGUGUUGAAGGAGGUGGAAGUGUUGGCAUAGGUAGAGGGGGUAAGGUAGGUUGUGGUCCAAGUGGAAGAGGUAACAUGGGUGGUAGUGGUGAUGUUGGUGGAAGUAAGUGGAGGAAGUAAGAUAAGUGGUGGUGGGAGAGAUAAUGCAGACAUUGAUAUACUAGUAUUAUAAGAAGGUAGCAUAAGAAAUUAUGUUAAAUAAGGAGGUAGUAUAAGUAAUGGUCAUUAGAAAAAUAAUACACUAAGAGUAAGUUAUACUAGUAUUAUAAUUCUAGUGAUUGAAAGAAGGAAUGGAUGUGCUAUAACUAUUCCUAUAUGUAUAA